ACUGUAACCUAAAACCCUAAACUUGGUAUACUUUGAUCGAAGAGCAGAAGAGAGAAAUACAAAAGCAUCAAUUUAGUGAAAACCCCAUGCCGGCCAUCUUAGCAUUGGCACUUGCUGCAGUGUUUUCCGCUUCCUCAGCUAUCUCCUUUUAUAUAUGGAAGAAGAAGUCGACGGAGUCUGAUUCGAAGCUGAAAGAGCUUCAAGUAUCCCUCAAUUCUGCUUUGGAAAAAUGUGCUGCUGAAAGACAAGGUCGGAUUAGGGCUCAACAGGCAUUGAGGAAAGCAGUAGUAGCACAAGCAGAAACCAAGUCUGAGAACUCAGAUACUACGUCGUAUCCUAUGGCUCCGAUCGGUGUCGUUCAAUCUUGCUUUUCUACGAGGAAUGGGAGUCCUUGGCAACCUCUACUUGUUCCUCUUGCUAAGGCCUGUUUGGUUUUAGAUUCAACUAGAGUUCCACCAGCAUCACCUAUAGCAUCACUUGAGGGUCUCGAAGAAUAUUCUCAUUGCUGGAUUAUAUAUAUAUAUCAUUUGAAUACAGAUCUGGAGAAGUUAUGGAAGCAUCCAUCUAAAUCGAAGUUUAAGGCCAAGGUCAGGGUUCCGAGAUUGAAAGGAGGAAGGAGGGGACUUUUCGCUACACGAUCUCCACAUCGACCUUGUCCUAUAGGACUAACUGUAGUAAAGGUGGAGACAGUACAAGGAAAUGUGCUUCUACUCUCUGGUGUAGAUCUAGUUGACGGAACACUAGUGCUGGACAUCAAACCGUAUCUUCCAUACUGUGACAGCAUUGAACGAGCAGUUGUACCGAACUGGGUCACGGUGGACAGCAUGCUGUCAGUUGCUUCCGUCAGUUUCUCUGAUGAUUUAGCGUCCUCACUAGAAAACUGCUGGUUAUCAGCGGAGAAGAACUCCCUCUAUUCUUCACUAGAUGAACUUAAAAGCUUGGUCAACCGAGUACUUUCUUGGGAUAUUCGUUCGGUGUCUCAACGAAACCGACCUCAUAAUAAUCUCCUAAAAAUAGGAACCGCAGAAGCCUCGAAUAGUACUUUGGAUUUGGAUGAUUCCCAAGACCGACAAGUGGCUGAUUCGGAAGAGUUAAUGUAUCACCUGGUUUUGGAUGGCAUGGAUUUCUAUUACGAAAUUGAUGGCAACGGCAAUGUCAUCGUGAAGGAAGUUCGUCGUUCAUCAUCCGUAUCGUUCGGUAAUGAAAAACGUUGCAAUUACUCAAUGUGGAAAGACAAACUCGAGUAAGUGUUUGCUUUCUAGAAGGCCGAACGUUAUUCUUAUUUUCACUAAUGUUGAUUUUGUCCGAACAUUGUAUUUUUGCUGCAAGGCUAAAAAUCAACCUUUAAUGAAGCUUCUGUGCUUUGACUUUGGAGGAUGGCAA